AUUGGUAGUAAUUAGUAAAGUAAACAACGUUCACCUAUCUCUCUGUCUUGUAACCGUUACUUCUUCUCCUUCUUCUUCUUCCUCCAAACCAAACCCCACAAUCUCUCUCUCUCUCUCUUUCUUCAGCUCGCUCUCACUCUCUUUCUCUCUCUGUAAUGGAACCAGCAAAAAUAGACUGGAAAAACAUUGAGUCAAAGUUUGUAGAAGAUGAGCUUUACGAGCACAUAAACGCACCCAAAUGGUUCGAUUUCUUGUCCCCAAACGACCACCCUGUGGACGAUGAGUCUUGGUUUUGCAGACCCGAUUGCAACCACCCAAAGACAGCUGAAGAUUUUCUCAAAUCUACUCCUUCUAAGCUUGCAAUCCCAGCUGGUGUUUCCCAAAUCUCUCCACUUGGUGAUAGAAGCCAAAGAGAGACCAAGUUGAAGAGAAGAGGGGUAGCUCAAGCUUGGGUAACACCAAUUGGUAACUCCAAUUUCAAUGAGGACAGCGAAAACCACAAUCCAAAUUUGUCAACUCCUUUAAACAACAACAGCCAUGCUAAGGUCAUCAAGUCGGCUUUCAAAUCAAGCACUGAAAAGAAAGAAGCUGUUGAAGUUCCAUUGCAACGGAACAACAAUGAGGUGCUGCCACCGAGGCUGAAAAGCACGCUCUCGGCGAGGAACUUGUUCGCAGGACGGGAUAUUCUGAAUCAGAUUACUGAGUUCUGCAGUGAAUUGAAGAGAAUGGCAAUAAGAACAAAGGAGAGAGAUAGUGUGAGGAAGAGUGUUGAGAGUGUGAAGGAAAAUGUGGUGAUGGAGGGAAAGAUUAAAGGUGAGGUCUUGGUUGAGUUGGAUUGGAAAGGGAAGGAGAGGAAGCCAUUGCUUGAUGGAGUUAAAGAUAAACCUCAUGAGAUGGAGAGAGGCAUUCUUAAAGAGAAGCCACUAGAGAUGGAGAGGAGCAUUCUCAAGGAGAAGCCAAGAAGGAAAAAAAGAAACGAUGAGACAGAGAACACGCCUAUCUCCAAGACUAAGAACUUGGUCUUAGAGAAUGUAAAACGCAAAGGCGAGGAUAACUUGUUUCAAAUCCGAACAAAUCCUCCCUCUCCUCAAUGCUUUUCUGCCACAAGGGGUGGAGGAGCUGCCGGGAAGACUGCUACUACCACCACCACCACCACCCCCACCCCUUCAAAGCUUUCCAAAUCCAAACUCAUGGAGAGGGGAAUCCUUCAAGAACAGAAUAAGCAAGUAUUAUUAGUAGCAAAGGAGGAGUCCAUGGAGAAAAACAAAACCGCUUCUUCUAUUGUUGAUGCAAAAGAAGCAAAGACUUUGGAUGUAUUUUGGUUUCUGAAGCCUUGCACACUAUCCACCUACGGUGCUUAAAAUUAUUUUACCUUACAUCAUUACAAUUUACAAAUCCAUUCUUUCAUUUAUUUCUUAAUAAAGUUAUCUGCCCCAUCAGAUUCAUUCUUUCUCAUACAUCAUACCCUUUAGUAUUCUUUCUUUCUUUCAUUCAUUCAUUAUUCUUGUUGUUGUUGAUAAAACUGUAAGUAAAAAUUCAUUAUCUAUGAAUAAAAAAGUAUUCUUUUU